AUGCUAUUCGUAGCAGUAUCCUAUCUCUUCACACUCCUUAUCUGCACUCCACUUGCUUUGAGUUAUAGUGACAAGGCGUGUUGCAAUAGAGCCCGCGAGGAAAACGCCUUUGUCUCCCCCCAAAAUGGCAGCGCCGCUUCUAUGGAUAACAUCGUCUGCGGACAGGUCUACAACGAGUCUUCUCACGCCGCACCAGACGCUUACGUUACGUACAACUUCUGCAAAAGCGAAUGUGGCGGCUGGGGUGUCUCCAGCGUCGAGAACGCGGACCAGUGGGCUGGCCCAAUUGUACAGUUUAUCCUUCCGUCUGUCAUCUUCAGCAUGAACAUCCCCAGAACGUUCGAAUUCGUUUCAUCUCAGUGGCUUGACAUUCUAGUCUUGAGCAAUCUACGUGGCUGGAAACGAGCAGUUUUGUCGCUGCUAUUGACGUUUCCGGCACUUUUUUUUGUUGCCGCCGACACCAUCAUCUGGGUUAUGACUAUCAUGUGCAUGGCAGGCCCGAUGAUGGUUGCCGGCCUGCAUGAAGCACUGAUUGACUUCAAGAUAUUAAAGGCGUUAAAGAAGAGGACAUAUAUUCCGGAGAGAUUUGUUGGUGGGACAAGGGCGUCUGAAGAAAUCCCUCUGGACCCUAUGGGCAAUAGCGUGAUCGGAAAUAAUGUGGCAGGGCCGAAUGAUGACGAGGAGGGUAUAGAUGGCUUGAGGGACAAGGUAGAGCUCCUGGUAACCGUUCUGGCUGGUAACCUUCAACUCACGAACUUCGAUCCCUGGCCGGACAACCUUGUGUUGAUUUCUAAGGCGCUACUGGCUACAGGGAGGCGUCGGUUCAACGCUAUGACACCGCAUUCUGUCCAUACACCUUCAGACCUACCUCUAUCAGACAGAUCACACAUGCUACCCAACAGCGAAGCAGAUCAGGACUAUCCCAGCUUGUCCGAGCAGCUCAAGAGGCUCAUGACGGCGCAGUCUGCUUUCGGUGCCAUCGUCGGAGCAGCGGUCGUUUUCUAUCUUGGUGCCUUUAUCUACACCAUCCUGGACUUGCUAGGCGAUAAGAGCAACCAAGAUGCCGCCAUCUCCCUAGCUUUUGGUGUCGAAUGGAUGAUCAUCGUGCAUGUCGCCAUCGUCAACGGGUUCCUUCUUGCCAGCAACAACCCGAGUCCAGUCACCAUGCUCAUCGGGCGCCCUCUUUCGACUCGCAAGCCACUAAGAAGAUCAGCAUUCCCUCCCAUCUAUGACGGUAUACUCCAGCCGGUGUUUAUGUGGCGCCGGGGGGUUAAUAAGAUGGAGUGGCUCGAGAAGUCCAGAGCGUGGCAGCGUGGCGAUCCAGAAUUUAUGAAUGACGUCCGAAUCAAGAAACGGGAUUAUCUAGGCUGGAUCAUACUGCCCACCAUCAUUCUCAUUUCCCUUCCGCCGGCGGCAGGGGCCGUGGUAGCGUGGCAGACUCCCCCGCGGGGUUGGGGCUGCCGAUCACUCAGCUUUGUCACGUAUGCAGGCUUCCAGAUGGUGCUUACUCCGUUAUACUUCUUCGUCGCACGCAAGACGGGACCCAAGACUACAUUACAGCACGCUAUCCACUGGCUCUGCGUUGUAGUGUUUGGCGUGACGGUUGUGCUAGCUCUCUUCACCAGCAUCGCCACGACUCUCAUGCAGAUCAUAGGAGUCUUUAGAAACUGCUUCUGUUAUGUGAACAGCGGGAUGUGGCUUGACCUGAAUAACGCUAUCGUUAAUGUGGCUUCUGACACCAAGAACCGAAGAAACUCAAGCGAUGGGUGGAUUGUUAUGGGCGGUGUUGCCACUGCCUUCAUGGCCGUGUGUUCAUUUUUCGGAUGGUGGUUUCAGAUGAACAUCCGGGUCAGUUUUGAGGAUGCGAUCAAGGAUAUUGAUAACUUGUUUUAA